UUAGGCAAAAAAACGUCACAUUCCUUCCACGGAUGAACAGAGAACACAUCAGUGAGCUGCUUCCCGACUGAAUACAUCUUUAACACGUUCACGUUAAUGUGAACUGUCAUACGGACUCUCUGUGGAGGAAAUAUGCUUCUAUGGACAGAGUUGCUACACGGGCGGUUGGAUUAAGGACCUUUUAUGGUGACUACUGCAUGAAUCAUGAUUGAAUGACAAUACCUCGCCAGACACCAGACAUGGACACGAGCAUUAAGACACCGCUUCUUUUCUUCCUGAUUGUCUACGUACAUUUUGUGUCGGGAUUGGACGUCCCUCGACCUGACAAACUGUACGUGAAUAUUUGGGAUGGGGAGGUAAUAGUACAUUGGGAACUUCCCGCAGGCGCCCCAUCAAACUCCAAGUACAAUGUACAAAUGGGAAAGUACAGUGGUAAAUGGACCGAGGUGACCAGCUGCACCGGGAUAAAAAGGACCUACUGUGACCUUAGCGGCCUUCUACAUGACUAUCGCUCUAAAUACAAAGUCAGAGUUCAGCUGGUUGCAGGAAAGGACGAGUCGCCGUGGACACACAAUACAUUCCUCCCAAAUUUAAGCAAACUGCAGCCUCCCUCCUUCACCCUGUUGGCAACGUCCAGCACUCUGACGGUGUAUGUUCACCGGAAACCCAUUCUGAAAGAACUCUUUCCUUUUGGGCUCAUCUACACCAUAUACCUGGAGGAGAGGGGACAACACAAAAAGAACACGACAGCGUACCUGACUGAUGACACAGGGGAGGAUCAGACGACUAUGUCUUUCAGUUCUCUCCGCUGGGGACGAGAGUACUGUGUCAGCAUCACAGUAGAGGGCAUUGGAGCUUCGUCCACUAGUAGUCUGUCCCCUAAACAGUGCCUGCUGCUGCCAGACCAAGAAUGGUACAUAAUUGCUGUGGCAUCCAUAUCUUUUCUGUGUGUGUUGGCCGUCAUUGCUAUCAUGGCAACCGUUGUCCUGUGUUACCUGAGACGUCCAGAGAAAACGCCUGCUUCGUUGAAAUCGACUGUUAUUGGCUGGCUUCCCCUCUCUGUUGGCGAAGGGAAUAUGGAAGUUGUUACAGACAGAGGAUGGUUCCUCUCAAGCUUCAAAACAGAAUUGAAAGACUGUGUCAGCGAUCCAGCGGCGCACGAUACUGUGAAAGAGGAAGACGUAGAGGAGGACAUGAGGACCAGCAUGGACAGUGGCCUCGGCAUGGAGCCCAAUUCUGCUACAAUAAGCGGAAGAAAUCCUCCAGUGAGACAAGAGGACAGUGGCUGCGGCAGCUUAGGAGAACAGGAGAGCUCCACCAGCUGUCCGACAGACUACCCUCUGAAGGACCAGAGGACCGAUGCGGACGCGGUUAGGAAGAGGGACUACGGUGGGGUGGAGCUGUGCUGCAAGCUGGAUUCUUCGUCCGUCCAUCUGGAUGGAUCUCCAAAGGCUGCCGGCAGUGAUUACCGCAGCCACGGCCCCUCUGCCGUGCAGAUUCACGUCUGUGACGAUGAGGAGCUGUUUAAACAGAGGCUCCCUGACGCCGGCUUGGCCCAGGUGGUCACAGGUUACCGGGCCGGGCUUCAGUCCUGUAUUUGUUCAGGAGCAGGACAGUGCACUUGGUGCCACAAACUGGGACAUCAUGAAACCGAACUUAUCAAAGGCUACAGGGCCGCGUGCAUGGAAAAUGGAAUACUGAGCGGCAAAUGUGACUUUGUGGAUCCUUACAGAAGGGGACGUACAUUUUCAACUUAUCCUAAAAAUACACAAAUGGACACUGUUGUGGUGGAGGACUUUGAAACAGCUUUUAUUCAAAUGGGGGAGAUUUUCCCUUUGCUUACGGCUCUAUCACCACUUCCCCUGGAGGACAAAGGGCCGGAUUUCAACAUGAACAACCUGCCUCUUUCCCUCUGUGACGUGCAGCUCAUGACAGACUGACGUGCUGUGGAAUGCAACAACGCUAUUUAUGAAAUUCACUUACUUUUCCUCCCCUGUGCAAUCAUUCAAAUAAACAUUUUGAUUCAUUCAAAUGGAA